AGCAGUCAGAAGCAGAGAUCGCGGACGGAGCUGUCUACACUACACAAUGCGUACUAGGAAGAGCGUUUCCCUACUGCUGCUGCUCGUUGCGGUGCAGUCCUUCACAGCACUGCCCGUUUCUGACUCAGAAACGUCAACGGCGGAAGAGGAGGUCAGUUCAUCAGAUGCCACUGUGGACAAAACUACUGGAAAACUUGGUGUCGAUAGUGAUGACGCAACACCAGUUCCAGAGACUUUGCCAGUGGAGGACAGUAGCGACCCAGCACCAACUGGAGACAGCGACGAUUCUCCAGUAGCUCUGGACGACCCUACUGAUGGUGGGUCAGCUGGUGCCAGUGUAGACGGAGAGCCUACUGUUUCCAGUCCUGCAACAGUGGACGACAAGGGAACGACUCCGGAGGCGCCGGAAACGACCCAGCUCGACGCUACCUCAGAGCUGGUGGUCAUCAAAGUGGAGGAGGACGUUCUAGAAGCGGAUACCAAACCCCCAUCUGACAUGGAGGGGGCUGAGACCAUGAUAUUCAGGCCAAUGUUUGCAUACUACCCCGGCCAGUUCCAGUAACUGCAUAAAUAACGCAUUAUAAGCAAACUGCCAAGUCUUCUCUGUCACAUGACAGUUCGCUAUCUAUCUUCCCAGUUGCCACAUCUCUGCAUCGAAUCAGUAAUUUAUUAAUUUAUUUUUAAUCUUCAUGUCUUAUUGUGAUUGUUUUUGUACCCUAAAAUAAAACGAAAUGAUAGUCAUUUA